AUGUUUAAACACAAUUUAACCAGAGGGCUGGCCCUCGCCGAGCCAGCCCUGAUGCGACAGCCAUCACCGCAGCUGAUAUCCCGAACGGCAUCACCCCCAUCACUAACCCGUUAUCUCUCCACCACCCAGCUUCCUGAGCGGACGAGUCCCCGGUACUUGCGAGGCUCCAAGCCUGGGUCUUCACUCCUGUCUUUGAACUGGCCACAGCCCCCUCGAAACCUUCUUAUGAUCCAGAAACUCUACUCGGCGCCCGUCGUCGAAGCCGUCGUCAAGUUUUCCAAGUACAUCCGCAGCGAGUACCCCGAGGUCAACCUCGUCUUCGAGCCCCGAAUUGCGGCGACUCUCAAGGACCGCCUCGACUUCCCCAUCUUCGCAUCCGACGACCGGACCAGCAUUGCGGAUAAAAUUGACGUCAUCACAACCUUUGGCGGCGACGGCACGGUCCUACGAGCCGCAAGCCUCUUUAAACUUCACGGAUCGGUGCCUCCUAUUCUGUCGUUUAGCAUGGGAACUCUGGGGUUCUUGGGCGAAUGGGACUUUGGGGAGCACAAGAAGGCAUGGCGAGAGAUGUACAUGAGCGGGAGUGAUGUGGCCAUGCGGGAGGCUGCUUUCCCUCGAGGACUACGAGACGAGAGCACUACCGGGACUCACAAGGUCUGGGAGCGGAUGGGUGGCAAGAGUCUUGGGGCUCAGAGGGCCUCCAAGGUGUUGCUUCGACACCGUAUCAAGGCGGACGUUUUUGAUCCGUCGGGAAAAAACAUCAACAACUGGCUCUCGGACACGCUGUCUAGUGAUUCGCAGUUAGAGGCGAGGCCGAUUGCAGGGACCAAGGAACCCUCGCCAUCGUUACGGGCCAUCAACGAGAUUUCUGUGCACCGAGGGUCUCAUCCGCAUCUUGCCAUCAUCGACAUCUACCAGAACGGUCACUUCCUGACCGAGACGACCGCUGACGGCAUCUUGAUCAGCACGCCAACAGGCUCAACAGCAUACAGCCUCAGCGCAGGGGGCCCGAUUGUGCAUCCGCUGGUCAAGUCAUUACUCAUCACCCCAAUCAGUCCGUGUAGUCUGAGCUUCCGGUCACUGGUCCUGCCGCUGGACACCAAGGUCAGCCUGCGGAUGAGCACUAAGAACCGGGGCCGGGAGCUGGACCUGAGCAUCGACGGCAAGCGGUGCGCGGGAGUGUCGCCCGGGACGGAGAUCCGGGUGGAGGGUGAGUUCGUGGGCCGAGUGGGUCCCGGAGAGGAGUGGCACGGGGGCGUGCCGUGCGUGAUCCGCACCGAGGAUGACGACCCGUGGGUGGGCGGGUUGACGGGGUUGCUCAAAUUUAACCACCCGUUUGGACGGGAACCGGCGGGGGAUGAGUUCUCUGAUUAG